GGGGCUUUCAGCUGGGAUGUGCUCGCGCUUCUCUGCCCUAUACGGUAACUAUCGUCCACACCCCCCUGUACUGCAUGGCCAUGACUCCAUGCAGCGGAAAACGGGACCGCCGUUGUAUCGGGAUGCCCGAUCGUCUUUGGGAUUGUUAUUGGGUGGGGAGUGGGGGUUCUUGUCGCCAAUUGUCGUCUUUCGAUUUGCUUUCUUUUUUUCUUUUUCUUUUGUCUCUGGUUUUCAUGCUAACCCUCCCCCCCACCAUUCAGCACGAUGUAGGAAAAACUCGUCAACUAUGAGGGACUGGAGUAGGGACUUUGUAGCUGAUCGGACUUUAUUCUGUGUCAUAGAGUUGGAUCCACAGGUAGAUUGGCGCCAGCUCGACCGUUAGUUCGUCUCAGGUUGAUGGGCGGUUACAGCAGUCGGU